AUGAAGUACUGGUUGGUGAAGAAUCCUUGGGAGCUCAACGAGGAGGGGAAGGAUACAUCAGAAUGCAUCGAGAUGUUUUUGCUAAGGAAGGCCUUGGUGUAG